UUAAAGUUGACAAGUAUUUGCUUAUAAUUUGUGCUUACCAGGCUGUUAUUAUUAAUAUUAGCCACGUCUUGUGAUAUUAUCUUGAUAUGAUCGCCACUAGUACUGCUCCCUCUGAGCCCCCUGCUAAGGAAAUGACCGUGUUUGGCCAUCACGCGGCUAUCAGGAGUCUACACACCAUGAAACCUACCUUCAACGAAUCUUAUUUACUCCUGACACGUCAGUUUGAGGGAAGGGUGGAGCCUAAAAAGGAGGGACAAGUCUUCAGGGUGAUGCAGUGGAACAUGCUUGCUCAGGGUCUGACCGCGUCCAAUGCUCGUAAAAACUUCUGCAAAACUCCUCCAAGAUGGCUCGAAUGGGAAACUCGAAGGUAUUUGUUACUGAUGGAGAUAUUGAGUUACAUGCCGGACGUAAUCAUCCUCCAGGAGUGUGACAGAUUCGAGUUUUUUGACGUGAAACUGCGAGAAUUCGGGUACAAGGGAAAAUUCCACGAAAGACCCUUUUCUCCUUGUGUUGAUGUUACGGAUGAUGACGAAGGAAAACCUGACGGAUGUGCUAUCUUCUACCACACAGAGAGGUUUAACCUGGUAGAGUUUGUGCAGAGACAGCUAGUAAACCAGAUGCAGCACAGCACCAGCACUCUGGCAUUUGCUCUGAAGUUGGAGUUUGUGGAGGAUAACCAGCCCCUACUUGUUGUAAACACCCAUCUUAAAGGAGGCCCUAAAACCGAGCAGACAAGAUACGAGGCAUGUAUUGAUCUGAGUAACUUCAUAGCAGAACAUUCCGGACCUCAAGAAAUAGUGAUCUUGGGGGCUGAUCUUUGUGAGAGUCCCUCACAACGAGGAUACGAUCAUCUCAUCGCCAAGUUUAAGGACGCGUACAGUUUUGCUCUGGAAGGUAAACAUCCGUCUUUUACCACCUGGAGGCUCAGACCCACGGGAGAGGAGAAAUACACCAAUGAUUAUAUCUUUUACGACGACGUAAAACUCAGAGUCCUGCAAGCGCUAGCUACCCCUCCUGACUCAACCGUUGGAGAAUACAAACUGCCCAAUCGGUUCUGUGGGUCUGAUCACAUCAGUUUGGUUUGUGACUUCCAGCGUAUCAUGGCCAGCGAUUGAGCGGACUGGUGUCCUAUGAUGGUAGCGUAAAUAUGCAUCAAGAUAAAGCAUGUCAGAAUUCCAGGAGGAGUCGCACACCACCCUUAUUAAUGAGGAUGUCGUAUCACAGUGUCGCGCUGUGCUGGAAUUCAUACCGAUAAAGGACUGAAAGGCUGAUCAAGCGCAAUUAACAAUACCAGUAAAACUGGCUGAACUGUGAAGGACUUGCGUUGCAGACGAGUAUUAGACGACGCAUUAUUAUAUCGCAAUUUGUCGUCUGAGUUCCGCUGUUCUAUUUUUGUGUGAGUGGAUAGACUUGAUGAUCUUAAUAAUAUGUCUUGUGGAGUUCUCUGCCAUUUAGAGGACGGUAUACGAGUGCUUUUUUAAGAGUGGUUGUUUCGAUUUUAGUGGUUUUGGGAGCACUUUGUGUAUUUGUCUGUCUACUAUUAUGAGUUUUUUUUGUAGAA